CCAGGGCACACAUCAAAGAGAUCGACAUUUGAUACCGUGCCCUGUUGGCAACGGGCAAGUGCUCAUUCUUCCAUUUUUGUUUUUCUUCUACCGUAUGCAUUUUUUGAGACUGGCAAGCAUCUCUUCAUGGUCAAGUCUGCCUGGUUUUGCUGGUUAUUAACUUCCCCCCGUCACUAGGAGGUCCAAACGAGGGUUGUUUAAAUACUUGGACGGAGGAACAAUUAAACCCUGUGCUGAAAUACUAGUCUGGUAAGAGAUAGGGUUACUCCCCUCAGUAACACACUCCACUGCGCGAGGAAGACGGUCUGCAUGUGGUUGUAACAGCACGGGCUGUGGAGGCCGGCACUGAGGGAGGACGAAGGGAUGGACUCAAAAUCUUGAAAUGGUGUCCAGAAGAUGUCAACAACCUCAGCUGUCACCGGGAUGACCUGCACCCUCCAGCAUGCCUGGAUGGUUCAAAAAGGCAUGGUACGGGCUGGCCUCUUUCCUCAGCUUCUCCUCCUUCCUGCUGAUCAUCGUCGCCCUGGCGGUGCCCCACUGGCUGAGUGGGAAAAUCCUGUGUCAGACUGGAGUGGAUCUGGUCAACGCCACGGAUCCAGAGCUGGUCAAAUUCAUUGGGGACAUUUACUACGGGCUCUUCCGAGGGUGUAAGGUGCGGCAGUGCGGUCUCGGGGGCCGCCGGUCCCAAUUCACCAUCUUCCCGCACCUGGUGAAGGAGCUCCACACGGGCCUCCACGUGACGAUUCUGCUGCUCCUCUUCCUGGCCUUGGCCCUGGCUCUGGUCAGCAUGGGCUUUGCUGUCCUCAACAUGGUCCAGGUCCCCUACCGGGCGGUCAACGGCCCUGGAGGCAUCUGCCUGUGGAAUGUCCUGGCAGGUGGAGUGGUGGCCUUGGCCAUCGCCAGCUUCAUGGCCGCGGUGAGAUCUCACCACCUGACGGAGCGCAUCGCCAACUUCCAGGAGAAGCUCUUCCAGUUCGUCGUGGUGGAGGAGCGGUACGAAGAGUCUUUCUGGAUCUGCGUGGCCAGUGCGUCAGCCCAUGCGGCCAACUUGGUCGUGGUGGCCAUCAGUCAGAUUCCCCUGCCCGAGAUCAAGACCAAAAUCGAAGAGGCCACAGUCACUGCUGAGGACAUCUUGUACUGACGGCCCCCUCCUGCUCACGCCCUUCCUAAAUCGGUCCCCCAGUGGGAGGGGGACCUCAGGUUGUGCAGUCUUCCCGGACUGUGGUGUCCCUGUUCUUGGUGGU